CCUCAGCCCCGCGGGCCCCUGCGGCUCCCCGACUCCCCAGCCUCAGAAAGUGUCCGGGUCACCAUCCUCCCGCCCACUGAAGCCACGACGUGCCCGUCGCGGCGGGUCCUGUCCUCAUCUGGACCGCGUCCCCUGAAGGCUGCCCCAAGAUGGUGCUGGCUUUGCUGAUCGCCCUCGGCUGCUUUGCUCUCCAGAACUUCGGGCAGGCCCAAGCAGUUCCCAUCUUGCCCCUGAGCCUGGCUCCAGACACCUUUGAUGAUGCUUAUGUGGGCUGCUCAGAGGAAAUGGAGGAGAAGGCAGUCCUUCUGCUAAAGGAGGAGAUGGCCCGCCAUGCUCUGCUUCGGGAGUCCUGGGAGGCAGCCCAGGAAGCCUGGGAGCGCAGGUGUCAAGGGCUCACCCUGCCCCCUGGCUUCAAAGCCCAGCACGGAAUCGCCGUCAUGGUCUACACCAAUUCUUCUAACACCUUGUACUGGGAGCUGAACCAGGCAGUCCGGACAGGCGGUGCCUCCCGGGAGCUCUACAUGAGGCUUUUCCCCUUCAAGGCCCUGCAUUUCUACCUGACCCGGGCCCUCCAGUUGCUGCGGGGGAGUGAGGGUUGCAGGAGGGGAUCUGAGGAGGUGGUGUUUCGAGGUGUGGGCACCCUGCGUUUUGAACCUGGGAGGCUAGGGGACUCUGUCCGCUUGGGCCAGUUUGCCUCCAGCUCCCUAGAUGAGGGGGUGGCCCGCAGGUUUGGUAAUGCCACCCUCUUCUCUAUAAGGACUUGCUUUGGGGCCCCUAUCCAGUCUCUGUCUGUCUUUCCUGAGGAGCGUGAGGUGCUGAUUCCCCCCCAUGAAGUCUUCUUGGUCACCAGGUUCUCCCAGGACGGAGCCCAGAGCGUAGUGUCUCUCUGGAGCUAUAAUCAGACCUGCAGCCACUUUAACUGCGCCUAUCUGGGUGGGGAGAAGAGGCCAGGCUGUGCAUCUUUUCCAAAAGGUGACCAGCCAGACUCACCCUCCAACAGGGCCUUCUCGCUGCAGUCCUGGAAAACCCUGCUUUUGGCCCCUGGGGGGUUCCAGCUCUCAGGAGCUGGGCCCUGAAAGUUCAGUGCCUGCCACUUAGGAGUCCUGGGAACUGGUGACCUUCCUAUGAAGAAGGGGGGCUUCCAACAGUCUUGAGAAUAAGAACAUGGUUUCAGACCCAGCCUAGCAGCCAUCUUCUCAACUGGGAUAUGGGGGGCAGGUAUAAGGCCAUGUAGCAUGGAGGGAACCCCACUAUGUGGUGGGGACUCUCUGGAACAAGCAAGGGUAGUACUGUGAUGGCCACUUGAUUAAACAGUAUUGCAGUGUGGUGACAUUGAAUGUCAUCAUUGGUCGAUUCCAUGAGACUGGAUCACUGUCCUGCUCUGACCACAUGGGACUUGUUCAUCGCUCUUAGACAUGCUCCCCUGUGCAGACCCCUGUCACACCUCAGAAGCUUUAACAGCCAGAGGGUUCCACAACAGGAAUGCAGGAAGGGGGACAGAUUCCUCGGCUCUUUUGUUAGACGAGGAAUUUUGCAAAGUCACAAAGGAAACAAUUUGCUCAGAGACAAAGAGUUAGUAUCAAGGGCCUCCCUAGUGGCGCAAGGGGUUGGGAUGCAGCUUGUGGGGCUCUCCGCAGCCUCUGCAGCAUGAGUUCUAUCCCCUGGCUGGCCAGGAGCUACCCACAUGGCACAGCAGACCUCUCCUGUCUCACCCGCUGCUCCCCUCAGCAAUGUACUUUGGUCAGUCUGCCUGUUCUGUUCCCCACUCUGUCUUUGGUGAAUCCUCUUGUGCCCCGCAUCUCUGGCCUGUACCCCAGCCCUUGUAUGCAUAAACCAAUAAAUCUUUAAAAAAAAAAAAAAAAAGAGUAUCAAAACCAGGCCCCAGGCCUUCCAGUACAGAGCGCAUUGAAGAUUUGAGAGCACCCUAAACAUUCGAGGGAACUCAAAGUAGGAUCCUAAACCCAAGAUACCUGGGACCCCCAAACAAGCUAUUUCUCUCUGCCCUGCUCCCCACAAGAGUCCAUUUCAGGGGAGGGGAUCUCAAAGCAUCUGGAAACACUCUGGAAACAUCUGACAUGCAGAACAGAAACUUUAUUGAGGCAAGGAAAGCAGCAUAGGCACCUACUAAGUGACUCCCUCCUCAUCUAGGGUGCUUGACUCACCAACAGAAGGGACCCGCCCAUUGCAUCAGAACACCUCCUUGCUUCCCAAAUCUUCCUCCUGGGGCAGGUCCCCAACCCCCUCUGAUUCUUGCUCCCUAUGCACUAGCACAGGUGCUGGGGAGGAAGGGCCAGGCUCUCCAGAAGCUGGAGUUCUAGCAUCACCAGCACCCUGAAGCCCAAUUUCUGAAGAUUCCUGGCUCCCCGCAGUCUCUGGCACUGUCAGCUCUGGUGUCUCAGGGAUGGGGGGGCCGAGGUUCUGAAAGCUGUUCCGUACUCUUGUGAUGUAGUGGCUGAGGAUGCUGGCACCUCCGGGGGGCCGGGGUGUCCCUCCUACUGCCAGAGUGCGCUUCACGCUGGCUACCUCACUUUGCAGUCGAGACACAGUCUUGGUCAGCUCUGUCAGUCUGUUGCCCAGGUCUGGGAGGGGGAGACAGUGUUAAUGAAGAGGUCUCUCACAUGCUGGGCUGCCCUGUACCACGUCUAUCCUCAGUGAACCCCAGGAGACAACAUGUCUGGGAUUUCUGAGGGAAGAGAAGUGGAGGAAGUGAGACUGGCUUAUGGAGUGUCACCCAAGUGCCUCCAGAUUUAAAAUACAGGUGCUCAUAGUGCACACUUCCCAGGUUGGUGCUUCCCUGGCCCACCUCUCUAGGGGUCAGACUAGCAGGCAGAGUCUGGGGCACAUGAAUCUGAAUGGGAUGGGGUGGUGGUGAGUUUAGAAGGCAUCUGAAUCCCUAGGGAUGGGAAGGUUUGUAAUGGGUGGUGAUUUGUACAUCUGCCCCUGCCAACCCUCCUUCCCAUCUACACCCGUCCAACUCAUAACCAUCCUCAGGGCCCAGUUCACCUUCUCUGUCUCUAGCUUCUGGAACUCCAUCCUCCUACCUUCCCAUGAGCCUCUCAAAAUGACAGGCUCUCUCUCUUCUGGGUUCUCAACUGCAAUCUGUGUCUCUCUUAGCUAAGCACUUUCUGCCUAGUCAGAAGUUUUCUCUUCCUCACCAGACUGAAAGCUUUCUCUGAGUCUCUGCUCUACACAGUCCCCCCUCCCUCCAAGACAGAGUCUGGAACAAAGAAGACAUAGCAAUGACCAUUGGUUCAAUGAGUGAAUAAAUAAAAGAAUGAAUGAAGUAAAUGAAUGAAUGGGUAAGAGAGUAAUGUGAGAAUAAAUGAGCAUAUGAAUGAAGGCAGAAAUGGGAGGAUGAAAUGAGUGGAAUAGAGAAUGGGUCAGAGAGUAACUGAGUGCAAGGGACCACAUUGUGCAAGUUUCGGUUCCAGGGGCAAGGGAGGGAGGGACACAUAUAACUAGGUUGGGAGAGAGGUGUGAACCUGUGUGUUGUGCUUUUAUCCUAGCUGAGCAAGGAACAGGAAUGGGGAAGGCUUGGAGGUGAGCAACCAACCUUUCCGACGGGUCUCCUCGAAUUCCCUCCGGGCUGUGUCUAUAUAGCGUUGCACCAGGGCCUUGAUGACACGUAGGCGGUAGGAUCCGCGCUCACCCUCCCCAGGUUCUGUCCCUGCCCCAGGAUUGGCCUGGGUUGGGAAGACAGGAGGGUGUGAGAGACUGUUUACCCUCUACCAUUGUGCUAAUCACUGUUCCCUCUUCUAGGCAGUGAAGGACAGAGGCAAAUCUAUUAGGAAGGCCACAUGUCUGGACCCUGGUACUUUCUUGGAAGAUAGAAGGAUGGAGGCUAGCAGUUGGGGAAAGGGCAAAGGAAAGGCAACGGGGGAGGAGGAUGGGAUGAAAUGAGUGGAGGGAUUGAAUGAGGAUGGGAUUGAAAGGUGGAAGUGGUGGGGGGAGCAGAGACAGAAUGUUGCCACCAACCCAACCUUGUUUUUCUUGAGUUAAGUUAAUCCAGGUUAACCCUGCCUUAAAAUCCUGCAGAGGGGCGGAACGAGCAGAUGUGGGGAGGCAUCCGAUGCAUGGGCCUACUCAUGCAUGUGAGAUGGAAAUCAGGCAAAUAAGAAUGACUGGGUUCUGGGUCCAGUUUUAGGCCUCAGGACAGUACCAGGAGGGGGGCAGGUAACAGAGAGAGCACAGGUAGAGUAGGCAAAGUUCUGGAUUGGAAGACACAGGUUCAAAGGCCAGCUCAGUCCUUUUGUAGCUUUGUGCCGCAGGCAAGUUCCUUGACUUCCUUAGGCCUGAGUGUCUCCAGAUUUAAAAUACAAGUGCUCAUAAUGCCCGAUUCCCUGGUUGGUGCUUCCCUGGCCUAGAGUAAAGGCUCUCUAGAGGCUUAAGAAAUAAUUAUUUUCCUUUAACUAGUUUUAUUUUUCUCUAAAUAUUUUAGAGUU